GUAACCUUAAUCAGAUAUCACUGGAGUACUCCUAUGCCGAGCUUAUUGAAGCCACCAACAACUUCGACGAUUCUGCCAAGUUAGGGUCGGGUAGCUAUGGUAGUGUCUACAAGGGCACUCUCAAGGACGGCACUGAAGUCGCUAUCAAGGUCGUGGACCUGCCUAACGAGGCUGGGUUUGAGGACGAGGUGCGAGUACUGUCUAAGUUCCGUCAUCCUAAUUUGGUCAUCCUCAUGGGAUUCGCUCGUAAUGGUAGCCAACGGCUGCUUGUGUAUGAGUGUCUCUCGGGUGGAGAUGUCAGUGUGAGGUUGCAGAAGUGUGCAAGGGAGGGCGUACCAUUCCCUUGGCAACAGCGUCUCUCUAUCGCCUUGGACGCUGCAUGUGGGCUCAGCCAUCUCCAUAAUGCUAAGCCCAAAGUGAGGAGGCACAGAGAUAUUAAGUCGCCUAACAUCCUACUAGAUCGCAACUCGACAGCUAAGAUGGCCGACUUUGGUUUGGCUUGUCUGAGCCACAGUCAGUCUCAUAAAGUGAAGCAGGCCAGCGGGACCAUCGGCUACGCCUGCCCGUACUAUAUCCAGCGUGGUGUCGUGACAGAGGCAUCGGAGGUGUACUCCUUUGGUAUGGUACUCCUAGAACUCCUCCUCAACGCCCCUCCGGCCUGUCCUGGUCCAAAGCCCGGGGAAAUACUAUACUUGGUUAAUCAUCUUAACGGUGACCUCAUGAGGUGUUUGGCCAUGGUCGAUCCUCGGGCCGGCUACCCUCCUGCUGUAUCUAAGCAGCUGGCUGAGCUGGCACUCAACUGUGCCUCUAUGAAUGAGCAGAACCGUCCUACGUUCGUUCAAGUGGUGAAGUCGUUGAGGACUAUGUUGGUGACAGCGGAGGGGGGAACACCACAGCCGUCCCCCUCGGUGAUGCUAGGUGGCAGCAGUACUGGACCCUUCACUGGCUUUUCUAUCCAACCUGGGCUAUUCUUACCCCCUAAGCAGCAUCUAUCGG